CUGACAUCAGGAUCUUCAUCAGAUCACUUCUGCUGAAAUCUGACCAUGAAGCUGGUUUCAGUCGUCCUCGUCUUGCUGGCUCCACUGUUGACCAGCUGCCAGAAGGUCAUUCUGCCGGUAGACUGCAGUGACAUUUACCACAAUGACAACAGCCGACCCAGUGGAGAGUACACCAUCUAUCCCAUCGGAGGCACGUCUGCUGUCCAGGUGUACUGUGACAUGGUCUCAGAAGGAGGACGGUGGAUGGUGUUCCAGAGGAGGAUGGACGGCACGGUGAACUUCUACAGGGGCUGGGAUCAAUACAAGACCGGCUUUGGUAUCGCUUCUGGAGAGUACUGGCUUGGUCUGGAGUCUCUCUACCACCUGACUCUGAGGAGAAAAUAUGAGCUGCUGGUCGACAUGGAGGACUUUGAAGGAAAAAAAGUGUUUGCUCGUUACUCCUCGUUCUCCAUCGACCCAGAGUCCUCCGGCUACAAACUGUCUGUUUCUGGAUUCACUAAUGGAGGAGCAGGAGACUCCCUGAGUCUUCACAACGGAAAGAAGUUCUCCACCUUCGACAAAGACCAGGACUCCUCUAAUAAGAACUGUGCCAGAUCAUUCCUGGGGGCGUUCUGGUACAACAACUGUUACGGUGCAAAUCCAAACGGUGUUUAUCGUUGGGGGGCUGACGGCACUAUCUCUGCUGUGGGAGUGAGUUGGUACCAUUGGAAAGGUUUUGACUACUCCCUGAAGAGCAUCAGCAUGAAGAUCCGUCCUGUGCAGUAGUUCUCCAGGACCAACAUACAGCAGACUAUCUGCUCAUCUCUUCUCAUUUAUUCAUCUUUCUCUCAUUAAGAUUUUAAUCUAAUAACAGGUCUUAUGUUCCUGAAACUGGAAAUAAAACCAGCUGAUGUCUGUAAAUCUUGUUAUGGUCUGUGAUGGUUUAAAGCAGUCGCAGCUCGCUGCAACGUGGAGGAAAAGUCAGAAGUGUCUCCAGUUUAUCUGCUGUAC